AUUAACAAUGACUGAAAUGCCAAUAUCGUUUAUUCGUUGGUUGGUAAUAUCAUAGAAACAAAUUGUUUCCUAAAUUCUGUUCAUUCUACACACAAGAAGUUACCUGUCAGCCAAUCAUCUUUACGUCUUGUACCCAUUUUGCGAGUGAAUUCAAUUGUAAAAUCAACAGUUUGAUUGGUCCCUAUGAACUGUGAGUUGAUUGGUCGAAAGUUGGAGAUUUUAUUUAUACCUUAUAGAAUUAACCUUUCAACUGGUGUAUUGUUCUUCCUGAUUAUUAUGCUUCUCCAUAAGAAAUCACUUGGAAAUCUUAUUGUAAUCUUUAAAAUUAUUCUACUUACAUUUCAUAUUAUCUUAAUUGUUCAUAUACAUUUAAAUUACCUCAGUUCAAAACAGAUUGUUUAUAAUUAUACACGCGAAAUACUUCUCAUUACAAAUACAAAGUAUGAUGAUACUAUUGAGACAUGUCGAACAGUUUGCAAAAAUAUUCCAAGUAUUCCUAAGCAUAAAAUAGAUGAGCUUAAACAAAUUGGAGUAUUACCAUUAGAUACAAAAUUAUUGGAUAAUAUGAGUGUAAUAAACGAUGCUUUCCUACCACAUCAUAUUGGUGGUUCAUGGAUGUUUAAAGAGGAGACUAACAACUCAAAAGUAAACUGUAACCAUGCUACAGAAUCUGGUGUAGCUAUUAUAUUUGUAUGUAGAGAUAGGUGGAAGCAGUUAAACACUACAUUGUCUACACUUAUUCCACUUCUUCAGAAGCAACGUUUAUGUUAUCGAAUAUUUGUUAUUGAACAAGAAGGUGAUGCUUAUUUGAAUAAAGCAAUGUUAAUGAAUAUUGGAUUUAUAGAAGCAAAAAAACAUUUCCUUUUUAAUUGUAUUAUUUUUCAUGAUGCAGAUUUAGUACCAAUGAAUGAUAGAAUUCCUUAUGGAUGUGAUGAACAAACUAAGCAAGCAGUUAUACAUUUAAGUGUUAGUGUAAGUUCAUGGAAUUAUAUUCUCCCCUAUAAAACAUUAAUUGGUGGUGUUUUAAAAAUUUCAAAUGAACACUUUAUCAACGUCAAUGGAUAUUCAAAUAGUUAUUGGGGAUGGGGUGCUGAAGAUGAUGAUUUUGAGAAACGUUUAAAUGCUUUAAACAUUAAAUAUAUUCAUAUAAAUUCAACAAUUGGACGUUAUUAUGCUUUACCGCAUAAAAAACAAAUUCGUUCAAAACUUGAAUUACGUUAUAGUCUAUUGAAUAAAGCAGUUCAACGUAUGAAUCAAGAUGGUUUAAACAGUUUACAGUACAAUCUUACAAUAAUAUCAGAGAAACAAUACUAUACCUAUUUUCUAGUUUCAAUUAAAUGACUGUUUAAAGACUAUUUUCUCCCCCUUUUUUUUCACUACAUAUCUCAAUCAGAGUUAUACGAAAUACUGGUGAGAGCGGCAUAUUUCUUGAUCUUUAUCUGCUGUAAUUUUGAAGACACUGAAACCACUUUUA